CAAAUUAAAACUGCAAAGUGAAAAAUUCGACAAACUAAGCCACCCACAUCAUGGAGAUGGAGCUAAGUGCUGCCACGCUCAUCUUCGUCUUCCUCGUCUCCUUGCCAAUUCUCGUAACCUUGCUGCGCCGCAAAUCAACUCCGACCUCCAAGAAGAGGCGGCCUCCAGGCCCGUGGAACCUUCCCUUGAUUGGAAGCCUCCUCCACUUCUCCAAGUCGCAUGCGCCGGUCGUUCUCCGGGACCUGGCCAGCAAGUAUGGCCCUGUGAUGUUCCUCCGGAUGGGCCAGAUCGACACUGUCGUCGUAUCCUCGCCGGCGGCAGCGCAGGAGGUUCUCCGCGAAAAGGAUGUCAUCUUCGCGUCGAGGCCGAGCAUCGUGGCUUCGGAGGUCUUCUGCUACGGAAACCUCGAUAUCGGCUUCUCGCCCUAUGGCGCUUAUUGGCGGACGGUGCGCAAGCUCUGCACGGUGGAGCUCCUCAGUGCAAAGAUGGUGCGGCAGUUUGCACCCAUCAGGGACAACGAGACUUUGUCCCUCAUCAGAAAUAUCCAAGCUGCUGGCCGAGGUGGUGAGCCGGUCAAUCUCGGGAGGCUGCUCUUAUCCUGCUCCAACUCGAUCACGGCAAAGGCGGCUUUCGGCCAGGUCUGCAGCAGCGAGCUCCGGGACCAGUUCCUGUCGUCGAUUGCUGUGGCGAUGAACUUCAGUGGGGGCUUCACCGUCGGGGAUGUCUUUCCAUCGCUGCGCUUCAUUGACACCGUCACUGGGCUGAGGCGAAGGAUGUGGCGACUACGCCGGCAGCUGGACGACGUCUUUGACAAGAUCAUAGCUCGAUCGGAGGCGCAGCGAGGUGAUUCCCUGGUGAGCGUCCUCCUCCGGAUCAGGGACGAGGGGAUGCUGGAAUUCCCCAUCGGCACAACAAACAUCAAGGCAAUUAUAUUGGAUAUGUUCACUGGAGGGACAGAGACGACGUCGUCAGCUGCAGAGUGGAUCAUGUCAGAGCUCAUGAGGAACCCAGAUGUGAUGGCCAAGGCACAGGCCGAGGUGCGACGAGUAUUCGAUAACGUGAGCCCACAAGACCAUGAGGCCAAGAUGGAAGAGCUACACUACAUUAAAAUGGUGAUCAAGGAGAGCAUGAGGCUGAACCCAGUGGUGCCAUUGCUGAUCCCCCAUCUCUGUCAGGAGACUUGCGAUGUAGGUGGGUUCCAAGUCACGGAGGGCACCAGGGUCAUGAUCAACAUGUGGGCUAUGGCAAGGAACCCCGAGUAUUGGCAUGACGCAGAGAAGUUCAGGCCGGAGAGGUUUGAGGAUGGCAUGAUCGACUUCAAAGGCUCCCGGUUCGAGUACUUGCCAUUUGGGGCAGGGAGGAGAAGGUGCCCUGGUGAUACAUUCGGGCUGGCUGCGCUGGAGCUCAUUAUUGCACGCCUUCUCUACUACAUCGACUGGAGCCUCCCAGUCGGGAUGCAGCCUGAUGACAUUGACAUGGAAAUGAUCGUUGGCGCAACAAGCAGGAGAAAGAACCAGCUGCACCUAGUGGCAUCACCACAUAAGGUGGUUCCCGUGCAAUGCUGAUCGGCGGGUUUGUUAGUAUGCUUGCUGGCCAACAUCUACAGUUGUGCCCGCGUACCUCAUAAGGUGCAUGUGCAUGUCUUGUUUGUCCAGUGGGAAAGUACAUGGACAAAUAAAUAUAAAUAACCAUGGUCAAUGGUGUGAGUACCGCUCCGUUGAAGGUACAAGCUAGUAGGACAUUAUAGGAAGUCCAACAUAACAACACACGUCGACCAAUUUGUACUAAAAAUUCCUCCAUCCAUAAUUAUGCAUAUAUUUUUUU